AUGAAAUUAACGAAGAAGAAGCCUAUGGUCGACGACUUUUUGUCGGCGAUUGCAGCCCUCUUUGCCUCCUACAGAUCGUGUAGCACCACCACUCCACCAUCGACUGUAGCUAUUGUUGCUCCUAUCGAACCCCAAAUCGGCAAAUCCCAAUCCUCAUCUUCAGUCAAUCCGUUGAAUCGGUUCUUCAUUGGUCGAUGUUCUAGUUGUCGGACGCCUCACGGCCUCAGUGCAUCACGCCUCACUGUCCGCUCCGCCUCCGGCCUCCACAGACCACCGCAGUCCGCAGACGCAGCACGCCAUCACAGUAGGCGACAGCAGCUAGCAGACUUUCAAAUUCCAAUUUUCAGUCUUCUCUUAAUCUCUUCUAGUCAAAAUGGUCAUUGGAUAGAAAACAAUGGGUGUUUGGAUUGGGUGUUUGACAGGGAAGGAAAGGAAAUGAAAAGCAGUUUUUUGGCUAAUAUACAUAUCAGAAUGAGCAGUUUUUUGGCUAAUAUCUAUUGGAAUGGAAUCAAGAAUUCCAAUUCUGUUGGAAUGGAAUGACGAAUUCCAAUUCUGUUGGAAUCACAGAAGUUGAUGCUUGAAGAACGGACCACAAAAUUGAAACGGACCUCAUUAUUCUUUUAGAAUGUAUUAGUCGUUGUUAGAUUUUGAUGUAAUUAUUAACAAUUGUUAGCCGUAUUCUAUAAGAAAUAAUGUAUUUGUUGUUUUUAUUCUUCAA